GAUUGCGCAGCUGCCCUCUGACUCUUGAGCGUUUUUGUAGCCAGGAUCUUUUGAGCUUUAGUUUUGCUGCUAUGCAAGCUGAAGCCGUGUGCUUCACCGCCUCUCUGUCUGUCGUCCCCACUCCUGCAUCCUGACUGCACCGCAGGCUCUUAUUUCUCUGAGGAACUUCACGCACAGGACUAUGUGUCAAGUUUGUCAGUUCCGGUGGCUCUUCAGCUUUUCCGAAGAUAAGGGGAAUAAAGAAGUCACCUCCCCAGCUGUCAUCAUCCGGCAGCAGAUUGAGCAAGAAGAUUCUGAGCACUGCAGAGAAGACAACCCAUCAACCCGAAGAUGAUGAGCAGCCCUGUGACCUCUUCAAGACAAGGAAUAGGAUGAGGGACUGUCAACAGAAAAGCAGCAGUAUAAAUGCUGGCUCAUCCUGGAAUCAAGUACAACCUUUAAAGAUAUCUUCGGGGAAAAGGCCGAGUGAACUGCAAGGACCCCGUGUCUCUUCCCAGCCAAGGAGCAGCCUUCUUGGAAUCUCCCAGCCAGCAGCAGAUAAACUUGUGGAAACCAUUCCCAGGGAGGGAAGACAGGAGCAGGCCGAGCUCAGCUCCAGGUAUCAGGCUGCCUCUGGAGGCAGGCUGUUCCUUGACUUCCACUCCAUGGAGAUCAUUAAGGGAGGUGCUGAUGAGGACAGUGCCAGUGACCUGUCAGACUCAGAGAGGGUGGCCAUCCCCCCUUCUCCAUUCACACCUCCAGAUCUCAACCUCCGAGCUGAAGAGAUAGACCCGGUUUCCUUCAGUCUUCACCCAGAGCCGAGCCAGGCAGAGUCUGGACACUGUUACCCUGACUUUCUUCCACCUCCUUUCAAUUCCUGGGACCUCCGGGACAUGGCUGUUGUUCUGAACACAGAGUGCAGGACCGAGGCCCUGCCUCGGGCCACGGGACUCCUUGGGAAGUACAUAGACAGACUUCUUCAACUAGAAUGGCUGCAGGUCCAGACUGUGCAGGGUGAGAAGGCCCGAGCUGCUAAGGCCAAGCUCCCUGGUGCUGCUGGGGGGCUGAAAAGCCCUGGACGGGGUAAGCUCCUUACCAGUUCUCUGUCUAAGCCCUUACCAUCCCCGGAAGGGAUUUCAAAGCCAGGCCCUUCUCGGAAGAAAGGUUUUCGCCAUGAAGAAGCCCACCCAUCAUACUAUGCAUUUGAGACUUUGCCUAACUCUGGGGAUGGUCCUGGCCGACCCAGGCUGUGUUCCCAGAAGCAAGCUCCGGAACCGAGGAUGGAGAAGAAGAAGAAAUCAAGCAAGGGCCCCAAGCCUCAGCUCCGUGCUCCACCCUGUGUGGAGGGCAACCCCGCCAUGGAAGCCAAUGGUAACAUCCGAAUCCCCAAGCAAUCUCCCGUGCUUCUGGACCCGGUGGGUUCCUACAGGGCCUCCAGGACACAGGCGCACGUGGACCUGAAGAAAAAGGGGAGCGCGAAUAACUGUGGUUGCGCCCCUUCAUCCGGUGAGAAAAAACUCAAAACAAAUGGAGCCAAGCAAAGCACAUAUAAGUUAAAGUGACCCCUGAGGUAAAGAAUUGUAAAGGCCUGCAGAUGCCUACAAAGAUGGGGGGGAGGGGCUCUCCCCAAAGCAGUGGCCGAGCUAGAACUCAUUCCUGAUAACUAACUCAAGCAGGCUCUCAGUUACCCCAGCCCGCCUCAUCAGUUACUUUCUCAAUGAGGCUUAGUAAGCUCUUCUUUAUACACACAGUCAUAAGCACCCGAGGGAGGGCCCUGUAGGUAAAAAUUAACCUGCGUGCCUGGGACACAAAGGAUUGAAGCAGCCAGGCAAGGCAGUCGGCAAAGACCUGGCCCCAGUGUCCCUGUCUUUGUAGUGCAGGGGAAACAGUGUGUGCUGCUUUAAGGGAGAAACUCUAGUGUGUGGUGGAAGAAAGGCCCUGCUGGCUCACUGCCUGUCGCUUUUGCAUAAACCCUCAAGCAGAGUUUCUGCCCAGUCCUUCCCUCCUCUGUUGCCCCAUCCCCCAGCCUCAGUUCCACUGCAGUUAGGGAGCUCGCAUUUCUAUUUUGAGGGUCAUUUAUCUGAAGCGGUUCAUUGCCAGAGGCAAAGGCAUCCGGAUCACCCAUCUGAUGCAUUUUAAAAGGCAUUUUAAGUCCCAGGGUAGUGUUCUAGCCCAUUCCUGGGUUCUCUUAACUGAAGUUUGUGGAUUUUUCCAGAGGAGAGGCUACGGGCCCAACCAUUGUUGCUGCUAUCUGAUGAGGCAAAAAGAAAAAAAAAUGGGGGAAGAAAAAGAAAAAAGAAUGCCUUGGCACACUAGACUUUUUGGGUAGCCAUGAGCAAUCUGUAGGAUUACUCAAAAUGUAAGUCGUUAAAUUGCUGACUAGGGACCAUAUCCUGUUGUUCUGGGUCAAAACUAAGGCUCUAUUUCCGUUUGUAAGAGAGCAGGGUUUUCUAAUUAUGCCUGGGGCCAGCGAUGGGAGAUGGGAGCAGACACAUUUGCAGAGAGAGAGACAGAGAGGCAGGGAGAGAGAGACAAACAGAAAAACAGAGUCAGAAAGACACACACCCGCACACAUGCACAUGCACGCGCACGCACAAGCGCACACACGCACACACACAGGCAGAGAGAGAAAGAGAGAGUUAGUUACUGGAUACUAUCCUAAGUGUUCUUACCUGGUUGUGGCUUCCUGCCUCCCACACAGGCAUCUUCCUCAGCUGCAUCCAAGUCCUCUCUGCCUGGGGAGCUUUCCUCAGUGAGCUUCUGCAGACCUUCCUUGGUUGCUGCUUCACAGACUGUGGCUGUGUUUUAAGGACUGCAGUUCGCUUGGUCCUUGGAAGGGACUAUUAGACUUGUUCUGGGCGUGGUGAUUCUAUUGUUUUUUUUACCUUUGAGACAAAGGACAAAGGUUACUUGUUGCAGUUGGAAAUAACAAUGGCUCCCUCGGCCCCAGGUGUCUGUGACUGAGAUGAGUUUAUCACCAGGACCAGCUGCUAAGGUUAACUGUCCAACGCUCUGUAAAGCGUGGUUUUUAUCAUACUGAACAACAUGUGGACUUUUUUUUUUCAGCCCCUUUUCUUUAGGACUUUAUUUUCAGAUUCUUUUGGCACUGUCCUCCUGGAGAAAACAUGUUAUUACAUGGAGGUCUCGAGCCUUUUUAUGGGACCAAAAUCCAUUCAUGUUGCAGGCAGCCCACACAUGCAAUGUCCGUGUUUGCCCAUGGUGUGCACCUUGUGUUGGGAGAGCAAUACCACCCUGCACCCUCUUCUCACCUGAGGGAGGCCCCGUGUCCACUUCCCUGCUCCUUGGAGCACAUGACUGGUACCUCCCUUACUCUUUCCCUCGAUUUUUACGCAGAUUCUUUGGAAGCUUCGGGGCCAGGAAAUGUGAGUAUAACAUCAUAUACAUGAACAUGCUUAUAUGUUCCCUAGGGAAGCACCCACAGGGUUUCUUUCCUGUUAUACACCUGUGUGGGUCUCUUAGACCCUGGCAGGCCAGAGUGAAGUUCCUUUUCCCUUGCUGGAUAUGAGUCUGAGCCGAAACUGUCACAACUAGGGAACGCAAAGAUGGUGACUCAAGCAUUCGUUCCCCGCACACUUAACUGAAGCUGUUUCCUGAUCUAGGGGACUAGAGUUCACGUCCUGUGUUUAGACAGCCCUAGAAGCCUGAGGCAGUGACUUUGUUUACCUCUCUGCCCAGGUCGAUUGUCUGAGAGUUGAACAGUGUUAUUGGAUAGGAUCCAGGUGCUAAUGAACAGCACGGUUUGCUGCAGUCACAUUGAGUACAGUUAUUUGAGCACAGCCUUUUCCAUGAUCCCUGAAAACUUACCCCAUGGAGGCAAGUAGACAGCCUCAGGCACUGAACCAGAGUAUACCAUGACAGUGACAGAGGAGUACCCUUCUGGGAAGUGCUUUUGCACCUGAGGGGUUAUGGCCCUCACAUUUAAACCAGUCCAAACCCAAGAGGAAUAUAAGGAAAACAGUAUUUCAGAUGUAAUAACAUCAGUGAGUGGAGAGAAAAAAAAAAAAAGCACAACCAGAAUUGUUACUAACUUGAACGUCACAGCCACUGUGGGGAAAAGAUAGACGUUACGGUCUUCAUGCACAAGGAAGGCUCGUUCUGAACCUGCAAACUAUUGGGAUCAUGUUCUAGAAAGACUGAAGACAACUUCCUAGGUGGCUUCCACAUUAUUUUUCUUUCCAUUCAUUUCCUUGAACAGUUAGGUAGAAAUCUGAACUCCUAGUGGUACUGUGUUCAAGAUAACAGCAGUAUUUAUUGUUUACUUGUGUACAUGUAGAAGAUGUAUUAAAGUGACCCAUGAACACACUCAGCGUGUCCAUUUGCUGUUGUGAUGCUGUAUGUUUGGUUUUGUGUGUAGAAAAACAGAACUCACGUAAGCUCUUGUGAACUUGGGCUCCUCCUUCCUUGAGACAAAUUAAACAAAGCAAACGUUGUCCGGAA